AUGAGGGCUGCGACAAACGGUUCUCUGAUUCCUCCAGCCUGGCAAGGCAUCGACGGAUACACACCGGGAAGCGUCCCUACCGGUGCUCCCAUAAUGGGUGUUCCAAGAGGUAAGAACUUCAGCUCUGCGCAUCAUAAUGUGGUUGACCAAACAGCGAUAACUGACUUCGCCAGCUUUUGCCGGAAAACCACUAUGGUCAAGCAUGUGAGGCGAUCACAUCAGCGAGGGGUUCUGUCUAAUGAGAUGGAAGAUUCCCUCUCAGAGACGGGGAGUGAACACUCACCUGCUACUCCGAAGAGUCAUAAUGCACUGCCGUGGCAGCCGUAUCCGCUGCCGUUGGACCAGCCUAGCCAGCCCCUGCAGCGUGCAGCAUCGUUUGCGGACUUUGGACAGCCCAUGCCGUAUGCCCUGCCACCCCAAUACAGCCAGAGACACAGCAUGUCUUCUGGAGGUGUCGCUGAUUAUCAUGCUGGUGGCCCGCACCCUCAACAAACUCUUCCUCAUCUUCCUCAUCCAAACCAACACCUGCUCCAGCGGGCGCCGAGCUUGCCGCAUCAUAGCUUCUUUGUCCCUGAGCAGUCGAACCCCGCUGUAGCAACGAUGCAUCCGAACCCCCACCACGCGCCGCAGAUGCCGUACCAGCAAGUGCCUCGCCAGGCGGUCGAGCGGCCACAUCUUGAGAUUCCGUAUCCAAAUAUCCUGACUGCGGGCCUGCAGAGCAGUCCUAGCACGUUCUCUCCUGGGUCAGGCAGGAGUCCUUCGGUCCAGGAGGGCUUUUACACACAUGCGCCGCCGCCUUCGAGCGCUGGGUAUACGCUGCAUUCUGCCGGCCCCGACCAGCUUUCGCCCCUGAGCUUCCCGGGCAGCCAGGUUCCGCAUUCCUCUCAGGCGCAGGCGGCAACGCCGAGGACUCACUCCAAUCCUAUGGAGAUGCAGCGCGACGACCAUGUGAUGCAACAGAACCACCAGCACGCCGGCCAGCAGCAUCUAAAGGGUCAGCCCAAGGUUCAGAGCCCGGGGCCAUUCCAGAGCCAGACUUCAGCCCAAGGUCGCCCCAAUCAGCAACCCCAGCCAGUCCAAGGCCCGAACCCAGAUGUGCCUGCUUUGCCUGAGGCCGAGCCCACACACCAUCAACAGCACCCGCAGCAGGCGCAGCAACAACAGCAGCAGCAAUCCGACGUGACUGCGCCCCAAACGCCUGCUGAUGACCAGCAAUGGUUUGCCUAUCAGGCUGGUGCCACACCGGUUUCCAUUCCUCCUCAUCAUCAGAUCGGUGGCAUCCACUCUUAUGCCCCAACCUUGAUGGGGAUGUACCCUGAUCCGUGGGCGGAGAAGUUUGAACUCGACACUGGUGGCAUCCCGCUACCCAGUGCUCGGAUUGCCGAGAUGUAA